AUGGAUUUAUGGGGUGAAUUGAGAAAAUUUGAAAAGCACGUCAUUCUACCAGUGGCUCAUACAGUUAGAGAGCCAUUUCAUCAAUUAGAAAAACAUGCGAUUCGUCCAGUCGCUCAUGCCAUCACUGGAAAGAAGAGAGAAACUGUGACUGUCCGUGUGGUCAACUCUCAAACGGAAACGAUUGCAACCCUUCAAGUGGAUGUUCCAGAAAAUUCAACUCUUUCCACUGCUGCAGAGGUUCCUUCAUGUACUUCUCCACAAGAUCAUCAUUUAGUACCUUGUGAAAAUGUUGUAACCGUGUUUCCACAAGUGAAUGUAAGACCUCAGCCAAUGGUAAAUUGUGUACUAAAUGUGGAAGGUUCUUCCCUGAUGAUCAAUGAUUGGAAUCAUGUAAUAUAG